AGCAAUUCAAUGUAAAUGUCGUCCCGAAAACGGUGACGAGCAAGGACAGUACGUCGAUUGGACCGGACCGACUGCCGUUUUGGACCCGCGUCACGCAGGUGCGAUUGUAGCCACGCGAGGGCGCCGCUGCAGCGGUUGGGACUCAUUUGCUCGGCCGCUUCGCGCGAGGAGAGUCCGAUUCCGAACUUGCCCAGCUGCACCCAAGUCAAGUGUCGGACCACGAGGGGCAAAAAGCCAAAGUGUCCCAACUUGAUUUUCUGCAUGGAACCCAAGCGCGAGUUGGUGUCGCCUGCCGUGCCCCGGCGCGCAGUGCAGCCGCCGUCGUCCCACAGGACCCUGCAGCAGCCCUCCCGUAUGGCCGAGUACGAGGCCGCAGGUCUCGGCCUCUCCCCACCGAGGCAGUACCUCAUCUGGGCUCCAAUUUGGGACCGGGACUCCUCUUCGGAUUCCCCCGCCAGCUACUACGAGGCCACCCCGUGGUGGGGAGCGAUCCCCCGCACUGCCAGACUUUUGGGGCCGGCAUGGAGCGGCCUCCGGCUCAACACUCCCCCGCCACUCAUGUGCACGAGCCCGGCUCCUCCCAAUCGAGCCGACCCCUUCCCGCGCGGGCCGCACGCCUUCAGGGUCUUGGGCGGCCCCACGUGGAUGCCGUGCUGCGACGGUCACCCGGGACGGACGGUUGUCCAGCUGAGCGCCGAGGAGGACCUGGCCGUCACGUGUCUCCUCAAACUGCGUUACCGAGACCCAGAAGACCCUCAGGUAGGCUUGCAAAAUAUCAUGGGAAGUUGUCAACUUGAACAAUUGGCAAAAACGGCAGGUAAGCUGGGCAGGCUUGGAUCCGCCCGACGGCGCGAGUGGCGCGGGAUGGCUGGAAUUCAGGCGACUGGAUGA